GUUGCAAAGAAGAGCGGGACAAAGAAGUUGUAUUUUCCCGUGCACAAGUUUGGGUUUGAUCGGGGCUAUGAACUGGCAGUGCAAACGCGAAGAGACCAUUUACUAACUCCGAAGGUCUCUGUAGCUGAAAAAACCUCAGAGGCUUCGUCGGGGGUUCAGUCAAACAAUGCGGCGCAGACAGCUGCUAAAGAAGAGGGCUCAGCUGUCUCUGCACUCCAGAGAGGGAGACCGCAAAAGUCGAAGAGAAAACCACAGGACACAUUCCCAGAAGACAGAGAUAGUGCACUUGGGGGCGGUGCUGCAGGCAGCAAGCAGCAGCAGCAACAGCAGCAGCAUCCGAACUAUAGACUGCAACAGCAGGUGCAGCAGAUGCAGGCGCAGCAGCAGCAGCAGCAGGGCCUGGGGCAGCUAUUAACACAGCGGGAAGAUGCUGUAAGAGGCAGCAAAGCAGAAGAAGCAGCAGUUUCUGUUUCAGCAGCAGCAGCAGCACUGUCUCCCAGAGCCAGCCCUUGUGGUGUCUCCAGUGAAGACCUCUCAGGAGCAGCAGCGGCAGCGUCUCCGUCAGCAGCAUGCAUUUUAUCACCUGGUGCAUCUCCUGCUUCUGUUCCUUCAGCACCAUCACCCUCACCAGCAACAGCAGCAUCAGCAGCAUCUGGUGCUGCUGCUGCUGCUGCAGCUACAGCUGGAGGUGGGGUUGGUGGUGGUUUAGGAACAGGCUCUUGCCCUGGAGUAGGUGAAGCCCUUCAUCGUUUAAGUCUUUUUCGUUUAGAAACACUCGGUAUACAAACACCAGUUAACCCAGAGAAAACACCUAAAGAUGCAAUUCGCCUUGCAGAGGCUUUGGGGCCUUUUCCCCCUGGCAUUCGCUUCGAUAAAUCCACAUUCAGAUGGUUUGCAUUGUUUAGGGAUAAAGCAACAGGAGCAAAGAGAGCCAAGACAUUUACCGCGAAGAUGUAUGACGGAUGCAUCUUUAAAGCUUAUGAUGGUUUUCUUGCAGAGGACGGCAUUCGCACGCCUACGAGGACGGGGAGGGAAGAGGAGGCGUUGAAGUACUUCAGGCCUUCUCAGGCUAUGUUGGGGGACACUGUGAACAGCAGCAACAACAACAGCAGCAGGUUGCUGCUGCCUGCAGAAAAUGCAGCAAAUAUGGAGGGUGUAAUCCGCAAGCGUAUGUAUGCAGCUCGGGGGCCCUCUUCCCCCGCACCUGCUGCUGCUGCUGCUGCUGCUGAGGGGGGCCCCUAUGAACAGAAUAAAAGCACUUUAUCUUUCCGGCUUAAUGCAGAGAUAGAGAAAAACAAUGCAGCAGCUUCUUCUCCUGCUGCAGAGCGAAGCGAUUUCUUAGAAGAUAAUGAUAUCUUUGAUGCACUCAUGCCUGGAAGAAGCACCAGACGUCGCUCAAGGCGUUUAGCAGUGGGAAAGCGAAGAAAAUUUCAGUGGGGUGUUUCAAUUGAAGAUAUUAUUUAUUCAGGAGGAGAGGGAGAGGGGUCCCCUUUAAGUUGCGGUGUAUCUGCAGUAGAGCUUGCAUUAAUAGAAGGCGGAAGAAAGUAUUCACAGGCACCGCUGCACGGAUUCAGCAGCAGCAGCAGCAGCAGCAGCAGCAGCAGGGGAGUGAAGGUUGUAGGAGAAACGAUUUAUAAUUGCAAGUGCUGCUUUGCUGCUGCAUGCGAUGAUUGUCUUGAUUUGCUGCGCUGCAGUAAUUUUGAGUUCUGUUUGCAGUGCUUACCGCAGAAAACUAGAUUAAUGCUGCGCUCAGUCUUGUUGAUCUGCCUAGACACCCUAAUUGCUGCUGUAUUAAAGAGACUGCAUUACUCUCGUGAAGAUAAAUGGAGACGAUGCGUAGCGCUGCAGCAGCACAGGGAUAAAGUCGUGCAUGCAAAAUUGUGGGGUCCAGAUACCCGAACACCGGCAGCAUCAGCAGCAGCAGCAGCAGCACCAGCAGCAGCAGAAGCAGCAGAAGCAUUGCCGGCAAAGAACCUGAGUGAACUCCGAUUAGAGGCAUCAACAACCUCUAUACUCGCUCUGCAAAUACCUGCUGAUGCUACUGCUGCAGCAGCAGGGGAACAGCAAGAGCAGGAGCAACAGCAGCAGCAGCAGCAGCAGCAGCAGGAACAGGAGCAGGAACAGCUUCAACAGCAGCUGCAACAACAGCAGCAGCAGCAGCAGCAACAGCAGCAGCAGCAGCAGCGUAAGCAACAUCGUUGUUGGGGGGAGGUGCUUCCUUAUUUGCAUGCGUUUUGGCCUUUUGUAGAGCAGCAGGAAUUACCUGCAGGUGUUGAUGUUUGCGUUAUUUCUUCUUUGCUUGAACAGCUACAUGCAAUAGCAAGAAGAAAACCCGAAAAGUUUGCACAGUAUCCCGUGCUGUUUGAAAUAGAACGAGUUGGGGGAGAGCUUGCAUGCGCUGCUGCUGCUGCCGCUGCUGCUGCAGGGUGCAGCAACAGCAACAGCAGCAGAAACAUCAAUGACAACGCAUGCAGUAUAUGGGGUCGAUGGAGUUCAGAUGAUGAAAACGAAGAACCUGCCUAUACACUUGGAGGGGGAAGCCCUCUCUAUGGGUAA